GACUGGACAUGGAGGAGACGCGGCGAAACACGUGAAGCGGUCGAACCAAGUCUCCGCCGCCCUCCCGCUGACAUCGACGCCUCCCGCUGACAUGGACGAGUCCAAGGCUCCGCGCAGAGAGCCGGAGCCGUCCCUGAUUCCCACCUUCGCGGAGGCCUCCCGUUUGGUGUCAGCGCCCUACUCGUGUCUGGUGGUGGCCGCGCACAGGCGACAUGUCGCGCUGCCACCAAUGUAUGUGAAAAAGAAGAAGACCGGCAUCCAGGAGCAGCUGAACACGGAGCUGCUCAGAUACUCCGAAAGACUUCAAGGGGUGCCCUUGGCGUUUGACUGCAUCAAGCUACUGAGCGGCCACGGAGCUAUCUACGACGACAACGGCUACAUCCACAUUGACAUAGAGGUUAACUUUGUUGUCUUCCAGCCCAGCCGAGGAAAGGAACUAAUGGGAAAGGUGAAUAAGAUUGGUGUGAGCCAUGUGGGCUGUCUAGUGCACGGCUGCUUCAACGCCAGUAUCCCCAAGCCCAGCCUUGUCUCUGUGGAGACCUGGCGGGAUGCAGCUCCCAAGAUGGGGACUGAUUUGAAGUUUGAGGUGUUGCAGAUCGAUGCUGACGCAGCAGGAGUACUGCUGAUCCGAGGACAGCUGGACAGAACCAGGGUCCAAGAGCUGCUGGCUAUAGGUGAAAGCUUAGAGUCCAGCGUUCCCACAGACCAUCUACAGCCUCCGGGCGCAGAGUCGAGCCCUGACAACACCUCCAAGAAGAAGAAGAAGAAAAAGGACAAAUGCAAAGUGAAGGACGAGGAGUUCAUUAUACCCACAUACCAGCCGGACAGCUGUGCCACGCUGGAGCUGAACGGGUCAGCGGGCGACGCAAACAGCGAAAACGUCGACGAGAAAAGAAAGGAGAAAAAGAAAAAAGAGAAACAGCCCAAAGAGGAGACAGAGGAGGUGGAACUAUCUCUCAUGGAGGUCCAUACCAGUGACUCUAGCGGUUACCACAGCGACAGGCUGAGGAAGAAGAGGAAGAAGGAAACGGGCAGCGAUGAAAGAUGUUUGAACGAUGACUCGGCAAUACCAAAAUCGAAGAAGAAGCGGAAAAGUGAGAUUCAGCAGUUUGCCUGAAUGGCUGGUCUCAUUCCAGCAGGGAGGUGGCUCACUGUGCUUAAUAACUGAGAUGAUGCUGACAGUGGCAUUGAUGAGGGUUGUAAAAAUGCCUCAAUGAUCAUAAACAUUUUAACAAGCUGCAUUUCUAUCCCAUGCUGGUUAGAAAUCAGCUGGGGCUUUUUUUUUUUUUGUAAUUUGGCUGUUCUCAAACCCAUGAAAUAUGUUGACAGUGUUUUCAGAGAAAAAGGGAGAGCUGGUGCACAAUCCCAUCCAAUGCCCAGUGGUUUAUGGUUGAUAUAUAUAUAUAUAUAUAUGUGUGUGUGUGUGUGUGUGUGUGUGUAUAUAUAUAUAUAUAUAUAUAUAUAUACCUUGAGAGGCUGAUUUCGCAGCCAAGUUAAAGCUUUUGUGUUUGCACUUCCUAUAAUUAACCUGAAGGGGGCGCAAAGCUGUUUCAAAACGUCACAUUGGCACACGGGCAGGAGGGAAUGCAUCUUCCCUUGUCUGGUUGAUCUUGGCCCGGAAAGUAACUGGGUCAUCUUUGCAUUUUUUGGAUUUUGAAAUGGUAUUAUUAACCAACAAAUAUAUUGUGCACUUCGGUUGUUGUUCAGGCGUUGUUUGCCGGUUGAUUUUGGAGGGAUGAGAGCGAGGCCAAAAAAAAAAAAAAAAGGUCGUUGGUCAUUUUUUACACUUCCUACGGUUGCGCGUGUUGUUAUUCUUCCGUGCACAGUUCCGUACACAGGACUGCCCCGGUGCUGUCCGUAAAUCGAGGACAUCUUCUCGAAUGUUCAGCGUCACCGCCCGAUAUCGUAAGAUCGUGUCCCCUCUUCUGAGUUAUUUGCUCCUCUUUGCUCCCCUCGUGUGGAGCUAGCACAGUCUGGUUUUGCUGGUCAUUGACUAAAGAGUGAAGAGAAACGGCUGACUUUGUCAAGUUUUGGUUCCCAUUAAAGAGCUGU